GAGAGAGAGAGAGAGAGAGAGAGAGAGAUAAGGAAACCAUAUCAGUUCCAUGUCAAAAAUUACAAGAGCAUAUAAAUGAUUAUCAAUGGGCAGAAACAGAGGCUAUAUAUGGAAUCGAGGAUAUGGCCCCUCUCAAUGAAGAAGUCCUAAAUUUGCAUGCAAUAGGGUGGCCUCGCUGGAGAUAUCAUUAGUACAAACACUACCCAAAUAAAACUUCCAGAGAUUUCGAGAGAUUUUGGGACAGAAAGCAGCAGAUGGGUCAUGUGUUACCCGCCCCCUGUUCUUGUCACCCCACCCACAGAGGCCUCUCGGAAGGGACAAGAACAAAAAUUUAUGUGAUUUUUUUUCCUCCCCAGGGGAUUCACACACGCAGGAAGAGAUGGUUGAGAAAUAAGAAGAUUCUAAUUAAGAGUAAUUUGCCAACUAGCCAUUGAUGCGGUGGAUUGAUUUUCUUUCUAAGACAAACAACUAAGGGGUGAGAAAAUUUCGGAACUCACAGAUAGUUUCCCUCCUCUCCCAUAAUUUUCUCUCGGAUCUUUCUCAGCAGAAAACAUGGGUGGCCAGCUUUCUGUUCCUUCUUCUUCAUCACUCUGAGGUGGCCUACUUCUCCUCCACAACCCCCGAGAUCUUAUUCCACAUUUCAAGAUUUCCGUUUCUAGAAUGAUUUCUGUUGCAUUUGUUUUUGGGUUUGUGACCUUAAAGACCGGCGAUAAUUGCUAGUUGUUACUCUCUGUAUUUUCGCAUUUGGGUUUUUCACUACAAUCUCGAUAUUCAAAUUUAGCUCCAAGUGCACCUCCAUGGCCUGAUGGAACAACGAUGACACAAGAACAGAACCCAUAUCAGCAAAUUUCCAGCAACACUAGCAGCGGCGGCGGCGGAGGUUCUUCGAAAAACCAGAAGCGCUCAAAAAUCCCACAGAGGGGGCCUGGUGUUGCAGAGCUUGAAAAGAUCUUGAAAGAGCAGCACAAGAGAGAAGAGGCUAAUAAAGCAUCUGAAGUGUUUCAUUCCCAAUCACGUUCGGUCCCUCUUCUUGGCCGCCAUUACCACCCUCAACCCUCUCCGAUCCAUCAUCCUCCGCCGCCGGCUUCCGCAGGGACGCCGCCGCUUCCAAUGACAGCAAUAGAUCUUCCUUCCUCGCAUCCUAUAGCUCAACUCAUUCCGUCAAUCCCGAAUCCUCAUGAUCUUUUCAACCCAACUCAUAUCCCCCGGGGAACCCUCUAUGGUGAUGGCAGUAGUGAUUCGCUCGGAGGUGGCGGUAGCAGCGGUGCGAGCGGCGGCGCUGGCAGCGGUGGAGGAGGAGGAGUAGGUGUGUCUGUAAUUGGUGGGUUGGGCUCGACCAUGGAUUGUGCAGGACAAGGCUGUCUUCCGAAAACGCGGAGCUUUUGCCAAUCUAAUUUUAGCGGUGAAUUUCCCAAAUUGGACUCUCGGCUCAAAUCUUCCGCCCAAUUUUCCGACCAAUAUGAUGCGUAUAGGUAUUCACGCUUUUUGCAGCAAAAAAACCAUUAUCAAUUCCCACCUCACAUGGUAAAUGUUUGGCCUUCAGCCAGACUUGAUCUUCAAACAGAGCCCCCUUCAAACCAAAAUAAUUGUGACAGCAUUUGCUUGUUGCCAGAGGAAGAAAAUCCACAGCCAAGUGCCCAACUGAUGGUUGGCGUGAAGCGGCCAUGGCCAUACGCUGUGACGGACAGCACGCGGGCACCUCCUCUCCACCGCAGUAGAGUUCCUCAUUUUUCUCCUGACAUGCAAAGACCAGAGCAGUCAUCUUCAUGUGGAAGUCACAGAGCCUUCGAUUUUGAAUCUGAACAAACCAAGACAAUCUCAAGAAACGCCAAGAGGAGAGACCUGCGUGAACUGAAAUCCCAGAAGUGCAUUGCAGAUCAUGCAGCUUUUGAUGGAAAUAUCCUCUCAUUGAGGCCGCCCAUAAAUCCUACUUCUAGUCCCGACAGCAGCAAAUCUGAUAUUCUCCCAUUUCAGAUAAGCAGUCAGGAUACAUACCAAAGUUUAGGAACCAGUGGUUCAUUUCAGCAGAAGCCCUUCUAUAACUUCAUACCACCCCGGGAACAUACCGACGGGGGAGAAACCACCUUGAGCUUGAACAAUAGAAGAGGAAAACCAGGAGAAGACGGUAUAAAUCUCGACCUAAAGCUCUAAUUUGGUAGUUCCUGUGGACACAAAAGUGUUGCAUUUCUAAUGCACAGCUAAUUAAGUAUGUAGGAAGGCAUUCCAUAUACUGUUUUUCCUUUCCAAACAGUUUGAUGUAGAAAACGAGUGUCGUUUAGAUGGUUCUGUUCAGAAGUUGGGUAAUGUUUGCUGUGGUUUUUAGGGUUUGUGUGAAUCCUCAUAAGCUUUCUACAGACCCCAGAAAGCCAAUUUAGCAGUUCUUUCACAGUUUUUAGAAACAAAACCAUAUUUUAAUUGAUUAUCACAUUAA